UUGUGUUUUUGUUCUCCAAGUUCAGCUCAGUGCUCUCCAGUCAGCACACACUCCCUCUCUCUCUCUCUGCUGCUCUUUUGCUUUCCAUUUUUUCCUCAAUGGUUGUGUUUGCUCGCCUGUUGGUCUCUGCUGUGUGUGUUUUCAUGGGGGAUUUGGACUCCGGGAGGAUGCGCUUUUUUGAGGAACAGUUGCUGAAAGUUGUCUCUCCGGGCAGCGCGGGGCUCUUGUGAGUGGAUACUUGGAUGUUUGUCGUGUUGGAAUGAACAAUGGUGCGGCUGCUUGCUGCUCUGGCCGAGGGCAUGCUCUGCUUUCGGCUACUGUUGCUGUGCGUCGUGGAGUUGCAGCUUGGCGCAGGGGUUUCUACUUUCCAGGGUUUUUAUCUUCCACCUGCGAACGGGUCUCUGCUCACACCUGCCCGGAGGACGGACGGGGUCGUGCGUACCAUUGACCGGAUUUACCACGGAGGAGGGAAGGUGGGCUACCUGGUGUACCUGGAUGGCAGCCGGUUUCAGCUGGACAUGGAGCGGGAUGAGUCUGUGCUGUCGCAUCACUUCAGCCCCCAGUAUGUGCUCGCACUGAUGGGGGAGAGCCCUCCGCCGCUGAAGCGGGACUGCGUGUACCGGGGGACUGUGGACUCCAACCCGGAGUCUCUGGCCGUUUUUAACCUCUGCGGCGGGGGUCUCGAGGGUUUCUUCGCCGUGCAACACACGCGCUACACCAUCACGCCAAUCAUCAGGGCAAAGGGACACGAGCACGACGCGCGUACCCUGCAGGAUAAGGACGCGGAGAGCGCGCUCCACGUGUUCACGCGCGAGAGCUUCAGCUUCGAGGCAAUGCGCGAGGGGCGCGAGAGCUGCGGGACGCGAGACGGGCGCAGAGGACGCCGGGACGCGUUGGGGAGACGCCGGAACGCAGGUGUUAAGGAGCGUCGGGACGCGGCGGCGGAGGAGACUGAUGAUGAGCACGGCGCGCGCGGGAGGAGACGGUGGAGCAAGUUUGUCCAAGACGCUCCGGAGCGUGGCGCACGGCACAAGAGGUCAGUGUCUCGCGCCAGGCACGUGGAGCUGCUCCUGGUGGCGGACGACACAAUGACCAAGAAGUACGGCAAGGACUUGAACCACUACCUGCUCACACUGGCCUCCAUCGCCUCGAAGCUGUACGGGCACGCGAGCAUCGAGAACCCCAUCCGGCUGACGGUGGUGAAAGUGACCACGGUGACGGAGAAGGAGAAGGGGCUCGAGGUGUCCAAGAACGCGGCGGCGACUCUGAAGAGCUUCUGCAAGUGGCAGAACCAGCAGAACCCGCUGGACGACGACCACCAGCACCACCACGACGCGGCGAUCCUCUUCACCAGGCAGGACCUCUGCGGCCAUCACUCCUGCGACACCCUGGGCAUGGCUGACGUCGGCACCAUCUGCUCUCCGGAGAGAAGCUGCGCCGUCAUCGAGGACGAUGGGCUCCACGCUGCAUUCACUGUCGCGCAUGAGAUAGGUCACCUGCUUGGUUUGUCCCACGACGACUCCAAGUUCUGCGAGGAGCGAUUCGGCGUGAACAGCGACAAGCGGCUCAUGUCGUCCAUCCUCACGUCCAUCGACGCCUCCAAACCGUGGAGCCGCUGCACCUCGGCCACCAUCACCGACUUCUUUGAUGACGGAAACGCCGAGUGUCUCCUGGACUCCCCUCGUCUGCCCCUCCUGGGCCCAGAGGAGCUCCCAGGCCAGAGCUACGACGCCGUCCGCCAGUGCCGCCUCGCCUUCGGCCCCGAGUACACGGUCUGCCCAGGCAUGGACGUGUGCUCGCGUCUGUGGUGCGCUGUCAUCCGUCAGGGACAGAUGGUGUGUCUGACCAAGAAGCUGCCGGCUGUGGAGGGGACGCCCUGCGGGAAGGGACGCAUCUGCCUUCAGGGGAAGUGUGUGGACAAGACCAGGAAGAGGCAUUACUCGGCGUCCAAUCACGGCAGCUGGAGUUCCUGGGGUCCUUGGGGUGCAUGCUCCAGGACCUGCGGAGGCGGAGUGCAGUUUGCCAAUCGCCUUUGCAACAAUCCUCCGCCGCGGAACAACGGGCGCUUCUGCACGGGGAAGAGAGCUAUUUAUCGGUCCUGCAAUGUCACACCAUGCCCAUUAUCGAAUAAGAGCUACCGCCAGGAGCAAUGUGAGGUGCGCAACGGCCCCCAGACCGACCCUAAAGGGGUGAAGACCUUCGUGGAGUGGGUGCCAAAGUAUGCAGGAGUCCUCCCUAAAGAUGUGUGUAAGCUGACCUGCAGAGCGAAAGGAACAGGAUACUACGUGGUGUUCUCUCAGAGGGUGGUAGACGGGACGGAGUGUCGGCCGUACAGCAGCUCAGUGUGCGUGAAAGGGAAAUGUAUACGGACGGGGUGUGACGGCAUCAUUGGCUCCCGGCUACAGUUUGACAAGUGUGGUAUAUGUGGAGGUGACAGCACUGGGUGUAUACGUGUUGUGGGCAACUUUACCAAGAGGAGUAAGGGCUACACUGAUGUGGUGAAAAUCCCUGCGGGCUCCACCCACAUCAAGGUUCGUCAGCACAAAGCCAAAGACCAGACCCGCUACACCGCCUACCUUGCCCUCCGACGUCCCAACAGCGAGUAUCUCCUAAAUGGCAAGUUCAUGAUCUCCACCUCCGAGACCAUCAUCCCGCUCAACGGUUCUGUUCUCAACUACAGCGGCUGGAGCCAGAAGGACGAGUGGCUCCACAGUAUGGGUCCUGGAGCCAUCCAAGACGCCUUGGUGGUCCAGAUUCUAGCAACAGACGCUAAAAAACCCUUAGAUGUUCGUUAUAGCUUCUACAUGCCCCGUCGGACAACGCCACAGCAGCCGUUAGUGCCGCUAAUCCCAAACCCAAAGUCCAUCCCUGUACAGAUCUCUACGACAGUCUCAACCACGACGAGAACCACAACCACCACCAGCAGCACCACUACAUCCUCCCAAGUUCCCCCUGUCCUCAACCCAGGGCCACCUACAGGUCCAGUACCUUCAACCCCAACCCCAGGACCUCAGUGGGUAACAGGAUCCUGGAUGACUUGCUCCAGGACUUGUGACACAGGCUGGCAGAGUCGGACAGUUCAGUGCAAGGACCCAGACGGGAAACUGUCCAAGGGGUGUCUGCUCGGCGCCCGGCCUUCUGCCUUCAAACACUGUCUGGUGAAAAAAUGUUGAGCUGACGGGAGCGCAGAAGUGAUUCGCAAGAGACAAGAAACAAUACGCAGGAAGGAGUUCAAUGUGUACCUCUGAUGUAGGUCUCAAGUGCUGGAUGUAGGACUACGGACCAAUGAAUUUAAGGACCAUGAAUGUUGGCUUAAAGCGCCUUGACCGGAUACCCAGAGACCCCUGAGACUGAUCGGCUUGGUACCUGGCUUUACGCCAAAAGAAUGACCUGGAAUCACAAGAGCUAUGCAAGAAUGACGGAGGACGGUGUCCGUUUGAUGGCGAGGAGUCCGACCCCGGCAUAGCUGAGGACUUUAUUGCAUGUCACUUCCACAUGGACGGUUACUGAUUGUCUUUACUUCAGCCUCCAAGUUCUGGAGGCUUUGUGUGUGUUGCCCUGUAAUGGCAUGCGUGUCGUGUUUUUUAUGAUACUCCAUGUGUUCUAAUCACUGUGGGGGAUUCAGAAGUCGUACCCCUUUGUCUUUUGUCGUGAGUUUGUCUGAGACAAGAGCCCCAAUGUUGGGAGGCACUCGAUAUCCAGAUUGUCGUUGUUUUUGCUGUUAUUGUAGCCUUGAUCCACCGCUGUCGCUCCAUGCUCCUAACUCCUCAUUCGCAUUUCCAAAGCCGAUGACUUGUACCUCUAUUUGACCAACGCCAACCGGGUUGUAUAUCCGGGCUGGUGCUCACGCUGGUUCAGAACUGGAUGAACUCAUGAACCAGCGCGGCAUCUGUUUAGUCCCCUCACCCCUGACGUAAGCGGUUUGCGUUUCUAGACCAGCAAAGAGCUAGAGCUGGAGCUGAUCUGGUUUUCCUGGUACCAGGUUCACUCGCAACCGGCCCUUUAACUGCCUCAGUCGAAAAGGGGUAUGAGAGGACCAGAAACCUUUGACAAUUAAAAAUAGUAACUCAUUUUACCGUAUGUUGUCUUUGUUCCAAUCUACGCCAACUUUCAAGAGCUGGAGAUGCGAACAGUUCUGGAUCAGGGCUGCCUACGUGAGACCUCUUUGUCUUAAAUUGACUGAACUGUCCAGCUGAAAACCAGAAGGUGUGAGUCUCAGCAUCAGGUUCUCAAGAUGUUUAGAUAAUCCCCCGUAGAGCUCAGAAACAGCCGCAUCGUGUGGUUGGAUUUGAAAGGGAGCCUUCAAGGACAAAGUGACAAACGGCCAAAGUGACUACGACACUCCUUAAACAUUAAUGGAGGUCAGUUGUGACUCUUAAGUUUGGGGAUAUGCUUGAUUUUUAUGUGUGUGAGUGUAAAGUGUGUGUGUGUUUAUGUGUGCAUGCUAAGUGCUCGCACAUCCAUGUACCCAGGCCUGUGUUUAAAGCACAUACAGUAUGUACUGUGAUCUCGAUGCUUCCUCACUCUCAGUUCCAUUUAUAUCAAUCAUUAUGCUGGUGCUGGGAGGUUUAUGGUCCUCACGUUUUUUUUUUUAGUGGCAGUAAAUAUCUAUUUGUUUGUUUAUCUGUUUAAGCAACAAUGCUAAUAUGACAAUGUGUGCCCUGGAUACUCGCAACGACAGCAAGAGAGACACUAAUGCAGUCAUUAACGUCCUUUUUGCAAUUCAACUCUCUCCUCAUCUUCUUUGACGUUACUCGUUCUGUUCAUCUUCUCUACAUCCUGUAUUUGAAAAUGUUUGUUUGUGGGUUGUGUCGCACAAAUCGCAAUUCAGAUUUUGCCACAGAAGAGAUUAUUUUAAAGGGUUAGCCCACCAAAAAUACUGAAGAGUACAUAUAACCGGUUCAUCUAUCUGAGACAGUUUGAUUUAUAUUAUAAAGGUGCCUCCCUCAGAAGAUAACAAAGUUUGAUUUGCACAAACUCAUAACUGGAAAAACAAUGCACGAGUUAGAUCAGACAAUCAUAGACAUUGCUGUCAACAUUUUCUGGCCAAGAAUGAGUUCUUAAAUUGAUUCUGUUCACACUUUUUGUGACACGAAUUCAUUCGACUUAAUGCUAAGCUAACAGGCUACUAGCUAAAAUUAAAUCAUGAAUAGACACAUAUGUGUUUGGUAUCAUUCUUCUCGUCCUGACCCGAAGAACAUAAGUAAUCAUGUCAAACUUUUACUUGAAGAAGCAAACAAAAUAUUUCAUACAACUAAGCUAUAUUAAGAAAUCUGCUUUUUUGUGACGACUUGUAUUGUAUUGACUUUUUUAACACUAUCAUGCCAUAAUUUGACUUUUGAAUAAUAGUAAUGAAUUCAAGGUAAAGACAUGUAAAAAUUGAACACUUAAAAACAAUGUUGAGAACUUGGUAAUCAAGGUUAUCUUACUUAGAAAUCCCUUCCUGUAGCUUUUAUAUAUAUCUGGAACCUGUUCAGUUUUCUUGUGUGGCAAGCCUCAGACAUUUGGCACAUGAGCAGAAGAAAACAAAGCAUAGAAAGUUUUCAGGUCAACAUACCACUUACAAAAUGUUCUUUUUCCGUUCCACACGUUCAGAUUUAUUUACACCAUAUAGACAUUUUAUGCAAGUUAUAGGUCUUUCAUAUAUGUGUUAGUAGUCAACCAUAUUUACACAGACAUGUACACACAUCAAUGCAACAAUCCAUCAUUUCCACAGUAUUUGAGUAUGUUGGACACUCACAAAGACACACAAACUCAACCUCCUCUGACUCCUCCGGUGGGGAAACCCGUCUCGCUGAACGACAGAAAAACACAGCACUGAACUUGUAAUUUAUUGUUUGUACAACUGGUAUGUGUGAAUAAAAAACAAUGAGAUGA